UAAGUAAAAGUGGUCUUUUAACUUUAGUAGAGUAUAUUGUUUAAUUGAAGUAUGUGUCUACAAUUUGUGCAAAUAAAUUAUAAAAAUAAUUAAAUUUCCAGAUAUUGUACUAACUUUUAGGCUACAAUAGCAAUGUUUUAAACAAGCGUGCCUGUAAAUAAUUGAAUUUUGGUGACAUUAUUUUAAAAUUCAAGAUGAAACUUUUGUGUUUAUUUAUUUUAAGUGUAACAGUAUGUGUUUAUGGUAUUGAGCAUGAUUUCAAAGGAUUUGAUGAUAGUAUAUUGUUUGGAAUAGUGUGGCCAGGAACCUUAGAUACACCGGACAAGUUGUUAGAUGGAGAUGUAAAGUCAGAGGUAAAAGAUGUACUAGAAGUGACAACAAGUCAAAAAGAGAAAUAUAAGUGCCACUUACCAGUGCUACGUCCCAAUCAAUCAAGUACAAUUGAGAAUUAUGAUGGACCUUCACCUAUAAACCUUCUAAAGCCUCUCUUCUCACAAAAGAUCUGUUCUUAUAGACUGGAGAGCUAUUGGAGCUAUGAGGUGUGCCAUGGAAGGUAUAUCAGGCAAUACCAUGAAGAUAGAGAAGGUAAGAAUGUCAAAACUCAGGAAUUCAACUUGGGUAAUUGGAAUGAAGAGAAGCAAUCCAAAUUGGAGGAAACCUGGAAGUUGGCACUGGAAAGUAAGGAGACACCUAAAACAACUAAAGUCGAAGGACAGUUGCUAUCAUACGUUGAAAUGGUUAUGGAUUCAGGCACUAAAUGUGAUCUGAACGACAAGCACCGCCUCACGCGAGUCCGCUACGUGUGCUACAGCCACGGCCGCCACGAAGUCUACUCCUUCAAAGAGACCUCCACCUGCGAAUACGAAAUCAUCAUCCUGUCGCCCCUUUUGUGCCAACAUCCUCAGUUCAAACCCAAGGAAGUUGAUGAGAACAUCAUAAGCUGUUUGCCGAUCGGAGACGCGCCGAAGAAGCCAAGGAGUUUGUUGACAAGCGAAGUGGAGAGCUUGAAAUUCCACCAUCAGACCAUAAAGCUGAUGAAUGAUGAUAAGGAAGCUAGGGAUGUACUUGCUGUACUGAAAGUUGAAAAAAUCGAUAAGGACGGUGAGACCCACUUGAAGUUUGAGCUGCACCCGCUCUCGGAUUUGGAAAGUGCGGGUAUAACGGACGACAGCAAGGCCGCGCCGCUCAUUGACAAACCCUCACCCAUCACAGACGACUCGCCCGUUAGAGCCUUUCUGAACGGCGAGAACUGCUUAAAUGGGGGUACUGGAUGGUGGAAAUAUGAGUUCUGUUACGGCAAACACGUCAUACAGUACCACGUCGACCGCGCCGGGGAGAAGACCACCCUACUGCUGGGCAAGUUCAACGAGCAGACGCAUCUCGACUGGAUCAAGGAGAACAGAGGAAAAGCUCCUAAGCCUGUUGAUAAACGCACGUCAGUGUCCCACUUCUACUCCGGAGGGGACGUGUGCGACAAGACCGGCAAGCCGCGCCAGACGGAGGUCAAACUGAAGUGCCUGGAGAACUCGUCCAGCCCCGCGCAAGUUUCUCUCUACUUACUGGAGCCCAGGACUUGCCACUACAUCCUAGGCGUUGAAUCGCCAUUGAUCUGCGAUAUUCUACCUCUCGCGGACGAAAAUGGACUUAUCAAGUCGAACAAGUCUGCCAUUACGAUUCAGGACACUUUGGUGGAAGGCAAGGCAGAUGAAGAUAGUGAUAUUAAACAGAAAGAUGUGAACAAGUUUGGUUUUGAUUAAUUUAAUAAAUUACUUAAUUUAUUGA